AUGCGUCGUCGGAGAGAAACCACUGCGAGCUCCCGCACUGCCGCCACUGAAUCAUCCACUCCGUCUCCUGGAAUUACCGACGACGAUAGAUCCUUCGAACCCAACUUCGAGACAGAUUUGACGGAAUCCGAACGCCCGUCUUCCCCUGUUCGGAAGGCCAAAAGAAGGAAAACAGGCCGGGCCCCCGCUUCAAAGUGCCUGCGGACGGACUUUCAGGAGUUCAAUCCUUCGGAAACUGAGAAUAUCACGGAUGUGUCGGCUGCGGGGCUUAUUCACCGGGGCCGUUACGAUCCAGCCGAUGAUACAGAUGAGGAUCUGUCUAAGAUGCCGGAAGAUUAUGGCAAGUCGGAUAAAACCCGGAAACAUAACCUUCGACUGAAGAACCGCUGGGCUUGGUACUGUCGGAUCAAAGCAAUCGAGCCGUCAGCCGAUCUGAAAUGGGAAGACGCAGAGGACGCCUUACGCCAAGCCUCUCCGAAUGACAUGCACCGGUUUCUGAAUUGGUGUCUCAAGCUGGAGUAUAAUGAGGAUGGUCGCCAUCUGAAGGGUUACCGGAAAGCUAGUUCCCUUGACGCGGAUUGGAAAUUCUUUCGAGUUUACUAUACUAAAGGAAUGAGACACUUGAUCGAUAAACACGCGUUGGACAAACAGCGACGGGCGAACAUUCCAGUUUAUAUUGAAGACAUGGUACCGUUCAAUGAAACAAUUCUUCAAACCCGGAAAAAGCGAUUCCAUCUUGGGUUUCAGCGGAUUAUUCUAUGUCUGUACAACACCAUCGGGCUGUUCACUGUUAACCGGAAAGAGGCGAUGCUACACGUCCAGUUCAAGCAUCUACAGAUAAGACUCCAGCGGGAUCCACGUGGAGGACCUCCAAUACCGACGGUCGAAAUUGAACCGGAGUUUGUGAAAAGCGUUCUAGGAAUGUCAAAUGUCAAUACCUUCGUAUUACCAGAGAUCGUCUAUGGUAUAUCGCUUGUUUUCAGCCCACAUGUAUUGCUCUUCGUCGUACUAUUCUAUGUAAAUGCGUUUGAGGCGCCUUACUUGACUUCGAUGGAGGCCCUUCGGAGGCUGCUCGUUGAGGAUGGCCGACAGGAGAUGCAACUACCUCUGAAAAAGGGGAUGGACGACUACUAUGUUUUUCCGAAGGUUGACGUGAUUGACGGCAAGCCCUGUAUCUUGUGGAAGAUACGCAUGAACGGCUCUACACUCGAUGCGCAGCUUAGGUCAAUCUGUGAAAUACUUGAUUUGCUGAAUCAUUUCUUCUCCCACCAGUUUCGUUACGGAACUGGGGAAUUGCUUGAUCAAAGUGGAUUUGUGAGCGACGCGCAGCGCAACGUGGUCAUGGCGCACGCGAGCAGCAGAACCUUCGUCGAGCACUAUCGACCGCGGCAGCAUACUGGUAUGCUGGAGAUCGUACGCGGACUCAACCCAGAUGAGGAAUUUGCGAGAGCUGUAAAACGAAUGAGCCGUUCGAUUGACGAGAGGCGACCUCGGUACCUAACCGCCGCUGAAAAAGCGGCAGUGGAGAUGGAUCCCGAGUUGCAAUCCGCAAUACGAUGGAAAGUUGAAUUGAAGGACCGUUGUGCUCAAUCCAACGAUCCAACAUUGCGGGCCUUGUUGGAACAACAGAAGCGCAAUGUUAAGAACACUCGUCGCCGUCUCUCCUGGAGACGGCGGAAAGAGAUCCGCCAGGAAUUUAGCCGGAAACAAGCGGUCAUUGAUAUUGAGAGGCAAUUGACAGGCGCUGCGGUUAAUGACGAGCUUGCCCGGGAGGUGUUACGGAAAGAGUUUGACAUGCCACCGGUGCAUAUCCUCCUUGUGGAGACGUUUUUUACAUGGUCCACUUCAGACUCAUUGGAAGAUGAGUGGAUGAGGCGCAAUAAAGCCGUGAUGGCGGGUGUACAGUAUUGUGGUUUCCCUGAGGGGGGCCCUCUCCGCGGACGGCCGAAAAGUCCUGCAUCAGACAAUGAAGGAUCAAUAGCGGAUCCACCGACUAAGAAGCAGAAGAGACCGGAGCGGCCGACUGUAUCAGCAUGGGAGGAAAAUGUUGGUGCCGUCAAGAAAAAGGUGGCGGCGGACAAGCCAUCGGCGUGUUUUCAAUGCUUAAAAGAAUACUCGGAUGUUUAUGGCGUGAAGAGACACUUUAAGGCAUCACAUCUGCAGGAUCGCAAGUGCAAUUCCUGUGACCUGUUGCUACAGCAUGAGAUGCACCUACGGAGGCAUGCACAAGAGGUCCAUCGGCUUCGUACCUGA